AUAAAAGCUGCGCCCCGCGCGCGUCUCGGGCGUCGUCUUCCUUCCUUUGCGUAGCUGUUUCUUUCUCUGAGACCUGUGACUCGGCCCUGCUGAUAGCAAGAUGUCUUCAGGAAAUGCAAAAAUUGGGCAUCCUGCCCCCAACUUCAAAGCCACAGCUGUUAUGCCAGAUGGCCAAUUCAAAGAUAUCAGCCUAAGUGAUUACAAAGGUAAUGUCUCUUGCUAUAGGGUUAAUACACCCAAGAAACAAGGAGGAUUGGGACCUAUGAACAUUCCUUUGGUAUCAGAUCCCAAGCACAGUAUUGCUCAGGAUUAUGGAGUCUUAAAGGCUGAUGAAGGUAUCUCUUUCAGGGGCCUCUUUAUUAUUGAUGAUAAAGGUAUCCUUCGACAGAUCACUGUAAAUGAUCUUCCUGUUGGCCGCUCUGUGGACGAGACUCUGAGACUAGUUCAGGCCUUCCAGUUCACUGACAAACAUGGUGAAGUGUGCCCAGCCGGCUGGAAACCUGGCAGCGAUACCAUCAAGCCUGAUGUCCAAAAGAGCAAAGAAUAUUUCUCUAAGCAGAAGUGAGCACUGGACCAUUUUUCUGCCAGGCUCCAUUGGGCAGCCAGAAGAAAAUCUCUUGUACUCUAUUCAUGCUUAAAAACAAAACUUGGUGUCAUCCAAGACAUGCCUUUCCUACAGAGCUGGGGGUUGGGAGUUGGCCUUUCUUCCACUGUGGGGAAUGGCCUGAGCUGUGUUGUGGGUAGACUAUAUGAUAAACCUGUUGGAGAAAUCAGCCUGUUCUUUUUGUAGUAUCUAUUAAACUUGAAAAUGUGAGGA